AUGAUCAUGAUGCCCACCAGCACGCACGGCAGCAGCCUGGUGAUCGCGUCGCCCGCGCCCACGACGCCGAUCACGCGCGGCCUCUGGUCCGAGCAGGAGCACGAGCAGUUCCUGCACGCCAUGAAGAUGUUCCCGACCGGCCCGUGGCGCUCCAUCGCCGCCUUCAUUGGCACGCGCUCCAUCAAGCAGGUGCAGACGCACGCGCAGAAGUACCAGCAGAAGAUCAACCGCCGGCGCCGCGGCCUGCGCAAACAGAAGAAGAAGUUCGUGCGCCCGGAGCACCGCGUCGACGCCCACGCCACUGGCUGCAUCCAGCGCGUCAAGAACUUCACGAUGCAGGGCUCUCCGCGCUCGCCAUCGGCCUUCCCAGUCGGUGCGAUGUCGCCGCUCAGCGGCAGCUUUGGCCAGCUAUUGACGGGCGGAUGCAGCCCCGUAGCCAGCGACGCAGGCAGCAGCUGCUCCAGCUCCAGCUUCUCCGGUCUUGAGAUUGAUGUCGACAUGGAUACGCUGCUGAGCGGCCUGGAGCCACUGCCCUACACGCCCGGAGUUUCGUUCGAGGACGUCCUGGCCAACGACGCCUACCGACAAGACGUGCAGGAAUCCAUCGACCUGCUUCUUGCCUAA